UUUUAUUGACGCUCUCUCUCGACUCGAUUCUCCUAAAAGAUUUUUCUAAAUUGGUCUCUCGGUUAUCGUUGCCCUUUCCUCCAAGCAAACAGCUCUCUUCGGCUCCCGCUCGAUCACGCCAACAAUCAGAGUCUGCUUGUAAUUAUGCCGACAGUGAGUGUAAAAUGGCAAAAAGAGCUAUACCCGGCAGUGGAGAUAGAUACAACCCAGCCUCCCUAUGUUUUCAAAUGUCAGUUGUAUGACCUCACAGGGGUGCCACCUGAAAGGCAAAAGAUAGUGAUGAAAGGUGGAUUACUAAAGGAUGACUCUGAUUGGUCGAAACUGGGGGUGAAAGAGGGUCAAAAAUUAAUGAUGAUGGGAACUGCUGAUGAGAUUGUAAAGGCUCCAGAGAAGGGCCCUGUUUUUAUGGAAGACCUUCCAGAAGAAGAACAAGUAGUUGCUGUGGGGCAUUCUGCUGGAUUAUUCAAUCUGGGAAAUACCUGCUACAUGAAUUCCACCAUGCAAUGCCUGCAUUCAGUCCCAGAGCUUAAAUCUUCAUUGAUUGAGUAUCCACAGGCUGGCAGAAGCAAUGAUUUGGAUCAGUCAUCUCAUCUAUUGACUGUUGCAACACGAGACUUGUUUAACGAGCUCGAUAAAAAUGUCAAGCCAGUCGCUCCAAUGCAGUUUUGGAUGGUAUUGCGGAAAAAGUAUCCUCAAUUCGGGCAGCUGCAUAAUGGGUCCUUUAUGCAACAGGAUGCUGAAGAAUGCUGGACGCAGAUUUUGUAUACUCUUUCUCAGGCUCUUAGAUCACCAAGUUCUAGUCAAAAUACUGAUACAGUGAAGGCACUUUUCGGCAUUGACCUUGUUAGCAGGGUGCAUUGUGCGGAAAGUGGUGAAGAAAGUUUAGAGACAGAAUCGGUUUAUUCUCUUAAAUGCCACAUAUCACAUGAGGUGAAUCAUUUGCACGAGGGACUGAAGCAUGGGCUGAAAUCGGAGCUAGAAAAGGCUUCUCCUUCUUUGGGGCGCAGUGCGGUUUACUUGAAGGAUUCACAUAUUAAUGGAUUGCCAAAGUACUUAACUAUUCAGUUUGUUCGAUUUUUCUGGAAGAGGGAAUCUAAUCAGAAAGCAAAGAUUUUGAGGAAAGUGGAUUAUCCAUUAGAGUUGGAUGUUUUUGAUCUUUGUUCAGAUGAUCUCCGCAAACAGCUGGAAGCUCCUCGUCAGAUGCUAAGAGAUGAAGACGGUAGAAAGGCUGGUUUGAAACUCAAAGAAAAGAGCUCUGCUUCAGUGGACAAUGAUGUUAAGAUGUCUGAUGCAGAGAAUGGAAGCGGAGAAUCAUCUAAAGCUACUUCCGGAGAAGGUGUCGUGUCUGAUAAGAAAACACAGUUGACCGGAGUAUAUGAUUUGGUCGCUGUGCUGACUCAUAAAGGCCGAAGUGCCGAUUCAGGUCAUUACGUUGCUUGGGUCAAGCAAGAAAAUGGGAAAUGGAUCCAGUUCGACGAUGAUAAUCCUAUCCCACAAAGGGAAGAAGAUAUAACAAAGCUUUCUGGAGGAGGUGAUUGGCAUAUGGCUUACAUUUGCAUGUACAAGGCUCGUACCGUUGCCAUGUAACGUUAUAUUUCCGUUAGCAUUGUGUAAUUUGAUUAUUCGAACAUUUAUUUAGUUUAUACCAAUGUAGAACUUGGGAGUGAAGAACAAACCCUGAGGUUUGGAUGU